GCAGCUCUGUCUCCCCCUGUCGGAGAUGGCAGGCACCGCAGGAGCGCUCCUGUCGCCUUCUUGCCCAUUUUAGUCUUUCCCUGUCAGCUGUGUGGAAUGUGCGACGCACAUUGUGCAGCCCCCCCAUCUGAGGGUCCAGCCUGCAGUCCGCAGCAGCGUCUCCAGUCCCCUCACAGGGAUCAUUCCUCCGCUCUGUCCCACCGGCUCCUGCCGCUCCUGCUGCGCCCGCUGCUGCUGCUGCUCAGUCGUCUUCAAGGAUGUCCUCUACUCCGGAGCUGCCCCCCUUCCUCUUCACCACCCUGCCCUCCUUUACCUCGGCUGGCCCAGGAGUGUCUAAUGUGGAGCCCACUGCCGACCCAUGUCGGGAGUGGGAGAAUGCCCACCCAAUCCUCUUUCAUCUGGGGAACCUGUCCCUGCUGUUGGGCCUGAUCGUCCCCACCACCCUGGGCCUGCACAUGAUCCUGCUGCGCCUCCUCCUGAUGACAGGAUGUGGUCUCUUCAUUGUGUGGGCGGCUCUGUACAGGUGUAACCUGGAUGUAAUGGUCUGGAAUGUGGUAUUCCUGGUGGUCAACUUCAUGCACUUGUUCUUCCUCCUGUACAAGCGCAGGCCGAUUAAGAUCGACAGGGAGCUGCGGUCUGUCUACAAACGAAUGUUCGAGCCUCUCCAUGUUCAGGAGGCCCUGUUCCAGAGGCUCACAGGACAGUUCUGCACCAUCCAGACGCUGAAGAAAGGCCAGGCCUACGCUGCCGAGGACAAGACGUCUGUGGACGAGCGCCUCAGCAUUCUCCUCAAAGGAAAGAUGAAGGUAUCAUACCGAGGCCACUUCCUCCACAAUAUCUACACCAAUUCAUUCAUCGACUCUCCAGAGUUCAGGUCCACUGAGUUGCACAGAGGAGAGAAGUUCCAGGUGACCAUCAUGGCAGAGGAGAACUGUAAGUUCCUGUGUUGGUCUCGAGAGAGGCUCACCUUCUUCCUGGAGUCGGACACCUUCCUCAAUGAGGUGUUCAGGUACCUCAUUGGCAAAGACAUCACCAACAAACUGUACUCUCUGAAUGACCCCACGCUCAGUGACAAGGCGGUGAAGAAGAUGGACCGUCAGCCCAGCCUGUGCUCUCAGCUGUCCAUGAUGCAGAUGAGGAACAGCAUGGCCAGCACCAGCGACACCGAUGAUGUCCUCAACCAGAUCCUGCGAGGAGGAUCCACCGGAUCAUCACUCCAAAAAUCACCUGGCACCAAGACUUCCUCCAAAAUGAAGCCCAUAGAAGAAGGUAUGGAGGACGACGUGUUCGAAGACUCUUCUCCCCCCAAGUCUCGCCACAUGCCCAGCACUUCCACUGAGGAAGUGUAGCCAGAAAAAGACAGAACACACAGGAUCAAAUAUCAGUGAUGCAAGUCUCUUUAACAAUCUAACAGCUACAGCCUGAGCGAUACAAGUGCAUUACCAGCCAUGCCGUUUCCCCACACGCAUGUUUAUCUGCUGUCUGAAAGAACAAAUGCCAGUGGGUCAUUUAGAAACAGUGUUUCCAUUAUAUAUUCUAUCCACUGACUAGUUUAUUUUGACAUAUUACACAUUUCGCCCCCAGCUAGUUGUUUAUUACUGUGUGCAUUAGCAAUGUAUUGGCUCCUUGUUACUUAUUACAAAGCACUUCUGAAUUAAAAGUAAUGUAUUACACAUUACGUUAUUCUCCCUUUUCUUUAACUAAAUGAAUGUGUUUGUUAACACGUUUACUCCCUGUAGAAAAUAAGUGUAACACUGCUUGCUACAUUACUUUUAUAUUGCUCUACAACAUCAAAUGCAUUGUCACAGUUUAACAAUGCAACGUUAAAUGUUAUUAAAGCCUGCAUAUCAGCCCCGCCCUAGUAAGGAGGACAUACACAGCAUCUUUCUCUUAUGCUUUAAUAACAUAAUACCACGAAGCUGACAGAAAAGAAAACCAGCACUGGUAGCAUGUCAUAGAAAAACGUCGUGCGGGUAAAACAUGUCGCUCGUCCACCAAACCACGGCUUUAUAAUAUAAAAGUCUGGUUCAGCUGAUGUUUAGCUGAGAGCCUCUCCACAGGCACAUUAAAUGGUGUCACUGUGUCGAUUGUAAUCGAUAUCUAAAGAGGUCAUGCAAACGCCUGACACUCCUUUUCGACCAGGGCGGUUCAGGCGCGUGUUAGGAGCCAGUGCCUUCUCUGAAACAUAGCAAGUGUAGGGUGUUCUGACUUAUCCAUGAGAGAAUAAACAAAAGAUUUUAGCUAGAAUAUGGUCAAGCAAAAGAAGUCAUUAAUAAGUGCUUUGUAAUGAGUAAUAAAGAGUCAAUGCCAGUGUGCAUAUUUUCUUUCAAUAUGUUCACCACACAGUCUCUCACUGUGUCUGUUCUGCACAGCUGCCCACUGGAGACAAGGCUGAUGAGAGCGGUGAGGCUGUAAUAAUUAUAAUAGCAUCUAUAGCCCGGCUGGUUAAUCAAGACAGUGAGAUGAACGAUGCUAGCAAACUCUGUGGAACUGAAGAGGACUUCAGGGAUUGGGAAUGAGGAUUCAUUACUGUGACACCGCUCUCUUUACAUUAAGUUAUUUGUAUUAUUGUUAGAAUAUUCUCGAACAUCAAUGUAGUAAUUCGUCUCAGUAAUCCUGUAUGAGUUGGGCUCGAACACCUGUGCUGGACAGAUAAUAAAAACAGAGGAGAGGAAUUAUGUCUUUGUAUAAAAACAUAACUGGUCAGUCUUUCCCCUUUGUGUUGUUUCAUUAUACAUUUUUUUUGAUUAUAUAUACAGAUGUGUAUAUAUAUAUAUAUAUGUACAAGUAUCACAACUUAAACAGUUUGAAUUAUUUUAAUGAUGAUUUUCUUGGGAGAACUUAUUUUAUCUAGCAAGUUGUUUUUUAAAUGUUUGCACAGAACCCAGUGCACUCUGUUUGUGUAAUAAAUAUUUGAAG